CGUGCUGCCGUCGCGCACGCACGCGCAUGUCGCUCGCUGUCGUCCCCGGUGAUGUGAGGUGGCCCCCGCCGCUGCCGCAGCGCCGCGCGACCCCCGCGCAGUUUUCGCGACUAAGCAAGCCAGUUGAAGGCUCGAGAGCCUUCGAGCCGGCAAAACGCCGUCCACCGUGGAUCUGAGGUACGGCGCCAUGGCGGCGACCACGUACAUGCCCGCCGAGAUGGAUCUCGGCAACAUUGGCGGGUACGCUGCGUCGCCGCGCAGCGCCGAGCCGGCGGACAUGAAGUACCAGCACCCGCUGCACUCGGGCGGCUCGCCGUCGCCCGGCGCGCCGGUGCUCGGCAACCCAUGGACGUCGCUGCCGACGGCGGACCCCUGGGCGAUGCACCAGCACCACGCACACCAGCCGGAUGUGAAGCCACCGUCCGCGCCACACGAUCACCGCCACCUGCAGCACGCUGCGCACGCCGCUCACGGCUGGCACGCGCCCGUCGUUAGCCCGCACUAUGGUGCCGCUUCGCCGGUGCCGCUGCACGGUGGAUACCCGAUGCCCGUGCACCAGCACCACAUGCUGCGCGACAUUCAGCCGUCACCGCACCCGCUACAUCACCACGCGCUAGAGCGCGAUCAGCCUGAGGAGGACACGCCCACCAGCGACGACCUCGAGGCCUUCGCCAAACAGUUCAAACAGAGACGCAUCAAAUUGGGCUUCACGCAGGCAGACGUGGGCCUUGCACUUGGCACGCUCUACGGCAAUGUGUUCUCACAGACAACCAUUUGUCGAUUCGAGGCGUUGCAGCUCAGUUUCAAAAAUAUGUGUAAACUCAAGCCGCUAUUGCAAAAGUGGCUCGAAGAGGCAGACUCGACAACGGGCAGUCCGACGAGUAUUGACAAAAUCGCCGCGCAAGGGCGCAAGAGGAAGAAGCGCACCUCCAUAGAAGUGUCAGUGAAAGGCGCUCUCGAACAGCACUUCCACAAACAGCCGAAGCCCUCGGCGCAGGAGAUCACCUCGUUGGCGGACAGCCUGCAGCUGGAGAAGGAGGUGGUGCGCGUGUGGUUCUGCAACCGACGACAGAAGGAGAAGCGCAUGACGCCGCCCAACACGCUCGGAGGCGAGAUGAUGGAGAGCAUGGGGCACGCGCACUACGGGCACGGCGACGUGCACGGCUCGCCGCUGCAGCACUCGCACUCGCACUCGCCGCCGGGCCUGUCGCCGCAGCACGCGCUGCCGCAGGGCGCGCACACGCUCGCGGCGCACUAACAGUUCGCCCCGUGGGCGCCGCCGCGGCCCUACUACGCGGAGCCGCACUAGCCGCAGCGCGCCCGCCCGCGGGACCCAGCAAUCACAGACAUUAGCGCCGCUAGUGACCGCGCCCGCCGCCACUGUACAUAGUUCGCGCCGGCGGCCCGGCCGCAGGACACCACCGUUCCAUAAGUUUAAGUUGUUCUUUAUCAUUUCAGUGAAGUCAUUGAUUAAUUAUGUGCGUAAUGUUAAGAUCGAAGCCAGUAAUCGUUUGUAGUCGGCCGGAGCGCCGCGGCUCCCAGUGUUCGCCGACGAGCCGGCCCCCGUGCGCCGCGCGCCGUGCGGUAAGUACGUUGUACGCAGUACACAUGACACUCGCACCGCCGUCGCCGCGUCGCGCCCGCGCCGCCGCCGGCGCCGGCUCGCGGACCGCACCGGCCCGGGACGAUUUCAUCGAAUUUAUUUAUAGAUAUUAUAAAUUAACGAGGUUCAUACGUGGCCCGCUCGCCGCCGCGCCGGCGGGCAGACAUCGUGGUGUGGAUUACAUAUAAAUUGUUGCUACUACUGUAAAUUAACUAUUAGUGACGUUGACGAGAGUAAAAAAUACGAAUCGGGUCAAAGCUUCGUUUUGUAAGGGAAUACGAGUGAGUCAAUAGGUGCAAUUUUUAUGUUAAGUGUUGUAACUGGCGGACGGGUGGCGACGCGGCCGGUGCGCCGAGCGCGCCAGCGGCUCCGCCCGCACCGCCGCGCGGCCGCGCCGCCGCCCGCCGUGCACGACCAGCUCCCGCGCUCAUUAUUUAUUACGAAAAAAUUAUAUAAGAAUAUUAAAAGGACGCAGACACGAUGCCAAAAUGGUUUUAUUCCUGUUUUUUACUUGUUUUGUUGUUUUUUUUCGUUUGUAUGUAUUUGUGGCCAAUCUUGGUACUUAAUACUUUGUAAAAAUAGGUAUUUUUUCUAUAUAAAAUAAUGUACCUACGACGUAUAUGAUAUAUAUUAAAAAAGUUCUUUAUAGAAAUUGAAAUAUCGAACCGCCUUUUAUUGUUGACGUCCUGUUGCGGCGCCGCGGCCGAGCCCGCCAGCGCGCGGCGCUGCGCUCUCACACUUGUUAAUACUGAGAACAGAUAGGGCGCCACGCGCGCGACACCAGCUAUAUAAAUAUACAUUAGUCUUAUCAUGUUUUAUAUUAACGUCUAAUUAUUUAAUAAAACAGAGUAAUAUUUUAUUGGAGAGUCUUAUUGGUACAUCCCGGUCACUGGGUCACUAUGAGAGGUGCGCUGGGCGGCAGGUAGCGCGCCCGCUCGCGAGCCGUGUGUGUGUACAAAAAAACCUCAUAAAUUUGACAAACAUGUCUAAGGGGACCGGGGUAGUUUUUUUAGACUAUUGUGAACAUUUUUUUUCUAAUUUAUAAUAUUUUUUCUAUGACGUGAGAUCACAGCGAUCGAAUCGGUGUUAUCGUGAGUCGCGUACAGCAUGUGCCUUUAUUGUUUUGUUGUCGCUUGUUUCAUGUGCUCGAAAUAUUUUACGAAUCUUAACAUCACGAAUUUAUAAAUAUUGGCAAUUCAUUAGCGUCUGUAUUUCUUUUAUUGUAAAUGUGCGUUUCGCACACUUUACAAGCAAAUUCUCAACUCUACAAUCUGCUCUACAUCCGAACAUCAUUUUAAUUUGUACUCUAACUGUUAUCUUCAGUUAUUUUAUAGUGUUUCUGUUAUGUAUUUUAGUUUCUAGUUUCAUUUGGUUUCCAUUACGUUAAAUCAUUUCCGACAUAAAAACCUAAUAGGCGCAUUAAAUGAGUGGUAGAGAGGCCGUCGCGCAACGUCGCUGCGGACAACCGCCUCCGUUACUUGUUAAUACUAUAUAAAUUAUUGCACCGGUGUUUGUAUUUCGGUAAUUGGGCCGUUUCUGAUAUUAACGACUUUUCCAAUAUAAUUCAAUUAAGAUUUAUAAGUGUCUGUCGGGUCUCGGCUGCGGUACGGCCGGUGUUUUUUUAUCUAAUGAGCCCGUUUCGCGACUUUCUCCUGUCAAUAGUUACAGUGACAAAAACAUAGGAGUUGGCGCGCGUCUUUGCAAAAACCUCACGUGUGAGCCGCGCCACUGUUCACUGUUCAUGGACAAAAUGACAUUCCGCGUGUCUAAUGAAGCGUCCUGCUAGAGGCACGCCGCGCGCCCGCAGCGCACUCGCGAACACUUAGAUUUACGACAGGACUUUGUGACUUCGCCUCUCGUGCGACAAACCGCACAAUACUUUUUACAUACAUGAAUAAUUAUCAUAAUCGUUUGUUUACAUACCAGCUACAUAAAUCUACAGCACGUGUGCUUGAAUAUCAAAAGCUGAAAACUAGUGUAUUAUUUUUGUAUCAUAUUUUCUUGUGAAUGGAAAGUCUUGAUAGAAGAAAUUAAUUAUCUCAAGCACAAAAUGGUCAGUUUGUUACUAAAAAAUUCGUUGAAUUAUUUCGCGUUAGAAUCAAUAGUUUCGCCUAAAGUCGUGUGUUUGAAAUUCAUUUUCCGCCUACGCGUUCCGCCGUCGCUCGGCGAAAAGGUCUAUUGUAAGGCAAACAUGGCCAAAAAUCCGGGGCCAAAGCGAUGUGAACAAGCGAUAUGACGAUAUCGUAUUCAACAUUCAGGGAGUCGAUUUGCAACAGACACGGUUUGAGUGAUCGUUACAUCAUUUUUAGUGUUUUUGCUACCUGAUGCAAAUAAAUUCUUAAAAUGGUUUGAUUUUAAAUUCAACAUUUAUUUACGAUUUAUUGAUUACUGUUUGUGUUUUCAUUUAAUAAUUGAGUUAUCUUUAUAAUUAGACGUUCUCAAUUGCAACAACGCUCCCCAAAGAUUUGUAUUAAUAGUAUUUUAUAGAUUAAAACUAUAUAAAACAGUUCGUUAGUCAUUUCAUGUACCGCUUUCCGGUAAAAAUAUUAUGCAUAAAGAAUAAUGAGCAUGUUUUAUAAUAUUAAAAUAAAAUCUCAUUAAAAUAAUAAUAAGAACAAUAGUUUGCUAUCACACACCGACUUGAAACAUUUUUAAUUCAUUUUCGUUUGUUUUAAAAUUAUUUUUAAUUUACUUUUAUCACUAAAUGUUUCUUACUGUUGUUCAAUACGCCGUUAUGUUUCCUAGAACUUAUUUUAGUGACCCUUAGUAACAUUCCCAUAGUAAUUCCAUGUAUUUUUUGCAAUGUAGAGCCAAUUAUAAUUUGCUUGUGGUAAAUAUAUUUAACAGUUAUAAAAUAACAAACAAGGCGUAAAUAACAGAUAGUAUUUUUAAAUAAAUUAAAAAACAAAUAUUUGAUAGUGAGGCUUUUAUGAAACCAGUGUGAUUUAGUGGGGUAUACUGUUUUAGCAUCUGUUCUGAGCUAUAUUUUAAACCAGUAAUAAAUAGGAUAUUUUUACGUAUUUAAAAGCUCGUCUGCACGUGUCAUGUUAUUUGUUUUAUAGAAAAUUAAUAGUAAAAUAUUAUUUUGUCUUUGGCUAUUGAAUGCAUUCAAAUAUUCUUAUAUAAUGUCACGUGAAGUCGAAUGUAUGAACGUCUAUUGUACUAUUUUGUCAUUUUUAUACAUUUCACUUCGAUAAAUUUUAAAAAUUGUUCCAAUUUUUCUUUUGUGUCCAUUACGUUAUGUGUUUGUUGUGUUUUUGUUUGUGUAUCAUAAAAACAAUUAAUGGAUGUCGUAUAAAGAACUGUCAGCCGCUGCUUACCUGAGAAUCGAAAAAAACCCUUUUCAUCUCGGUGAUACGGCUUAUUUAUGGGAUUCCAUGCAUUGGCUAUGUUAUGGGAAUAUAAAUUGUUAUAUCAUAAUGUAAAUAAACAUAAUAUAUACUGGGUGAGUGGCAUGUGCCAAAUUUGUCAUAAUGGGACAAGAAUGACUAAAUAGGGUGAUGACUCUACAUUUGUAUAAAGCAUUUGCUAGAAACUGUAAAUAUUGUAUAUAAUGAGAUAAAUAAACUGUUUUAAAGUGUA